UUGUGUUUGACAGACUUGAGUCAUUCGCUACAAGAUACACUUGCUUGACAAUACACAGUCAAAGCUCAGUUACAGCCAACUAGUUCGAUGGUUUUAAAUCACAUCAAACAGACAGUCAUGGAAGCUGAAACAGUUACAGGCAUGAAGAAGUCGAGAAGGAACGGAAUGGCGAACAUAUUUGAUGGUGUCGAUCCAGAAAUCCUCGAGCGGCUCGGAUGGACUGAUGAAGCUAUUGAGAAAGUCGAGAAAAGUUUCGGCAGGCAGAUAUCGAACAUGUCAACAUCAUCAACCGAGAGCGAGUUGUCUGAAAGUGCGAGCGAGUCUUGCAGUGAAUCCGACGAGGACACGCAACUGGACAUGGUGGACAAUUUCCAAGAAUUACUCCUCAACGAUUCAUCUUUACGCAUGAAGGAGAAGACCUGCUCACUGUCCUGCACUACCAAUGGGGAAGUGACCAACUGCUUAGCAAACAGGAGACGGAGAAAUGGCCUUGCUGAUCUUUUCGAAGCCCUCUCCGUGCACCAGAAGCAGAUUUUCGUGAAGCUGAUCCAGACGUCGCCACCUACCCGAUCUGUUACCAGGGUGACGGGAUGUUUUUAUAAUUGAAAUGUAAGACUGUCAAUCACACGGAUGAUGAGAUGUGCAAUCUUUGUGAGCUUACACAAAAUCCUGGAACUGUGAAAAACGGACUCUGAGGUGUGAGGUGUGCUGAGCCUUGAAACAGAGAACCAAUCCAGCUCACAGGACGCUUCUGCCAUGACGUCAAGAAAGGCUAUCCUGAAAUCCACACGUUUCGCUUAAAUCGACGCCCUUUAAAUGACAGUCCCGGGUAGAUUUACAACGUGUAUCCCAACAACGACUCCAAGUCAAUUACCAGUGCAAACAUGACUGUAUUGAACUGUGACCUUAGCGCAGCUGAGGGAAACAUCGCCCUGAGAUGAGACUAACCAUCCAGAAUGUUCAAGCGUUACGAACGCAGUGGAAUCUUUUCCUUAUAAACAAUGAACAUUUGUUCAAGAAGCUAGAUUGCUUGUGAGAGUAGGCGCGUGUGACGCAUUGCCCGUGUGCCUAGAAGAAAUCCAGUGACAUUUAAUUGCUCAAUUGAUAACGUGAGUAAAUUAUGAGGACAGUAUUACUCUUCCAAGCAGAGACCAAGCUUGUUUUAUUGAGUAAUUGGUUGCUUGUGUGUCACUUGACAUGACAUUUGACACGUCGUAACAUAACUUAUUCUGAGAUUUAUUUUUUGUUAUUUUUACUACCAUGUAAUAUAUUACUAUUUAUUGUAUUUUGAAAUACACAGAAAUAAAUAUUUGAUAUAUA